AUGCCCGGAAUGAAUGACCCGGAAACCAUCCGCAUCCUCGUCGCAACCGACAACCAUGUCGGCUACAAUGAACGAGACCCUAUCCGGGGAGACGACAGUUGGAAGAGUUUCCACGAGGUAAUGUGCUUAGCCAAGGAACAAGAUGUCGAUAUGGUGCUUUUGGCGGGAGAUCUAUUUCACGAGAAUAAGCCGUCCCGGAAGUCCAUGUAUCAGGUGAUGCGCUCGAUCCGGAUGAACUGCCUGGGAGACAAGCCGUGCGAACUGGAGAUGAUCAGUGAUGCCAGUGAGAACUUCCAGGGUGCAUUUAACCAUCCGAACUAUGAGGAUGAGGAUAUAAACGUGGCCAUUCCGAUAUUCUCCAUCCACGGAAACCACGAUGAUCCCUCGGGAGAAGGCCAUCUCGCGGCCUUGGAUCUGUUGCAGGUAUCAGGCUUGAUAAACUACUACGGUCGAACUCCAGAGUCAGACAACAUCCAUAUCAAGCCAGUUUUGCUACAGAAAGGACGGACCAAACUGGCCCUGUAUGGCAUGAGUAACGUCCGGGAUGAACGCCUCUUCCGGACCUUUCGUGACAACAAAGUCAAAUUCUACCAGCCAGGGAUACAAAGAGAUGAUUGGUUCAACUUGAUGUCCGUUCAUCAGAAUCAUCACGCCUACACGGAAACCAAUUAUCUCCCCGAGAACUUCCUUCCCGAAUUCAUGGACCUUGUUAUCUGGGGACAUGAGCACGAGUGCUUGAUUGACCCGCGACUGAACCCCGAAAUGAACUUUCACGUCAUGCAGCCUGGAUCGUCCGUUGCGACGUCGCUUUGCCCUGGUGAAGCAGUGGCCAAGCAUGUGUCGAUCCUCAGCAUUACAGGUCGCAAGUUCAAGAGUGAGCCAGUCCGCUUAAAGUCCGUCCGUCCGUUUGCGAUGCGAGAAAUCGUUCUCUCAGAGGAGAAGGGGGCGCAGAAACUGGCCCGCAAGGAGAAUAACCGCACCGAAAUCACGCGGUUCCUCAUGACGCUCGUGGAGGAACUUAUCGAAGAGGCUAAGGCGGACUGGGUUGACACACAUGGCGAGCCAACAGAGGAUGAAGAGCAAGAGGUCCCAUUACCGCUCGUGCGACUACGGGUCGAAGUCUCAACUCCAGAAGGAGGCAGUUAUGACUGCGAGAACCCGCAACGAUUCUCGAACCGCUUCGUUGGCAAGGUCGCCAACGUCAACGACGUGGUGCAGUUUUACCGCAAGAAGAAGAACACCACUCGUAAACAGGGCGAUGUCGAAGUGGACGAAUCUGCCGUUUCCCAGCUGGCUACUCUCGACACGGUGAAAGUGGAGCAGCUUGUGCGGGACUUCCUCGCCCAGCAGUCGCUGAGCAUCCUACCACAGAACUCCUUCGGAGAUGCUGUCUCGCAGUUCAUCGACAAAGACGACAAACACGCGAUGGAAAUGUUCGUGAACGAAUCGCUGGACAACCAAAUGAAGCACCUGCUAUCCCUUAACCGCGAAGAGGAGGAAUUAGACGACGAGGGAAAACUCCAGAACUCCCUGCAAACCGCCAUGGAAAAAUACCGUGCGCAAAUGGAAGAUAUGUUCUCGCGGGGAAUCAAGAAGCGAACCCGGGGCAAGAAGCGUUUCAAGCCCAAGCCGGAUGGCUGGGAUACAGAAUUCGACGGUGUCUGGGAAGACCAGCCGGGGGCUUUGAUCCAUUCUGAUAAUGAAGGUGGUGACCCCAACGAAGAUGUUGCUGCUGAGGACGGUACCACGCCUGCACCGGUCAGAGGUGCUACCCGUGGCCGCGGCCGUGGUCGAGGGGGUCGGGCAGCUGCCAAGACGACGACCAGUACUCGGAAGACCGCCACGACGACGAAGAAAACGGCCCCAGUUGCCAAGGGCCGCCGACGAAAGGCCGUUUCUGACGAUGAGGAUGAGGAAGAGGAGGAUGUUGUCAUGCUGGACGAUGAUGACAAUGACGAUCAAGGCUUGUCAGACAUCGAUGAAGACGACGAUUCGCAGGCCUUGUUCGUCAAACAACCCGCCGCAAAGAACAAAUCAACAACCCGCAAAGCAGUCGCUCCUGCCACAACGACAACCAGCCAGCGUCGAUCCGGACAUAGUGCGGCUUCUCCUGCGGCAUCGUCGACCACUGCCACUGCACGGGGUUCUCGGAGCACUGCGCGCGGUAAACAGGUGACGCAGAUGACGUUGAAUUUUACAGGUCCGCAGGCGUCGCAGGCGAAACCGAGUCGGACGACCAGGGCUACGAGUCUGCUUAGUGAGGAUAUUGACGAUGACGACGAUGAUGAUGAUGCUUUUGAGGCCAUGCCUAGUUCGGGUCGACGGAGAUAG